GUCCUUCUCCGCAUUAUCUGCUAGGGGUGGCGCCGGGUCGACCGUAGCAUCGUCGCCGCUACUCUAAUGUACUUGGCAGACCUGCUUCACUAACAGUACUACUUAAUAAGUGUGGUGUCCAGCCUUACACAGAUCAGAGUUUGGGGGCCCUUUCUCUUCGUGGCUUGCACAAUAGGAUUAUCUUCCUGACUAGCGCUGUCAACUCCUUGUUAACAUGUCUCCUUCAAGUACCAAGGUUGCCGCUGGUGGCUCCUUUCACACCUGUAAGUCAACCUCAACUCAACUCAACAUAACAUCGUCGUCUCGAUGUUCUAACACCACAAAAGUCCAGGGAAUCAUUCCAAAAAAGCAGCCCGCUGCUUCCAGCAAUGCAAGACCCAGGGUUGCCGGCACACGCCGCAUAACGACUCCCCAUGCCUGUACCGAAUGCAAACGACGAAAGAUCCGCUGCGAUGGCAAGCUGCCAUGUGGUCAAUGCAUCACCAGCCGAGCUCCAAAGAGCUGCUCUUACGAUAAACAUCGUCAACGAAUGAUUCCAUCCAGAAAGGCUCUGGAUAGCCUGGCACAAUCUCUCGAGGAGUGUCGGUCAGUCCUUCGGCGCCUUUACCCAAACCAUGACGUUUCUGCCCUGCGGACCAUGGACAAACAGGAACUUAUCAACCUCCUGGCUCAAUCACAAUGUUCACUCGGAGAUCCUCUUCCAUCACCACCUCUCGAGUCCUCAUUUCCCAAGCCAGACACAUCUCUAGUACCAUCAGACUCCCUCCUGGAGCUUCAGUCUUCUCUCGAAGCUGACCUCGACUCACUCAUCGGAGAGCUCGAGUUUGAGAUACCUACUGAACAACUCGAAACCAAUGACGGUUCCAGCUAUCUCACACAACAAACCUGGUGGGACUAUAGCUCACGGCAAUGGAGCUCAGUGCCCGUGCCAUCUAUGAUGGAGGGCCAGCCAUAUGGUCAUGACUUGGUGACUCCGAUGCAGCACUCGAUGUAUGAGGAUGAGCGCGGAAUCUACGGCUCACUUGAAAUGAGAUGACGAAAAUGUAACUUUUCUCAAUGUAUUUUUACAUGCGAUUCCCGACUCUGAGUGGGUAUAGGGACAUCAUGCACCCCCGGGGACGCAGGUCGUCUCCUUAGCCGGAUCACAGCUUACGACAAUGAAAUGAGGUCACGACCCUUUACUUGCUUCACCUUUUUGCUUUACUUUAUCUACAGCACGCCUACC